UUUGGUUGAAAAGUAUCAAAGAUAUCAGUACGGUAUCGGCUCAUGCAUGCUGUAAUAAUAACAUGACCCGUACCAUACCGUACCGCUAGGUGGCGCUCUUUAUUGGACGCGAUGUCGUGAUCAUUAUUUUGGUCGUAGUUUUGUCAUGUUUGUGUGACUGUGACUGUCUAAUUCUACCUCCAUGGUGAGUGUGAGACAAAAUCGUGUCUUCAUGUAACUAAACUGAGACAAUGAGUUCACAGGAGAGCGAUCCUUCAGAACGGACAACAUUGAGAAGGAGUAAAAGACCCAGAACAAAGUGUGAGAAAAAGGAUGCAGAAACACAGUCCGAUCCUACAAAAGGAGCAACAUCUGGCGGGACACCCAAGAGACAAAGACUAGACACUGAGGAAACAGGAAAAAUAGGAGUGUCCUAUCAACGACCCCUUUCUUCAUUGCUCUUUGGCUCAAAACUAAGGCUCAUGAAGCCAGAGCCCGCAGUUGCACCCGCCCAAGCCAAGCCUCUGAAAGUCUGUGACGUAAGAAGAAAUUGUAGGAUUGGCAUUGUUGCCUCCACGCUACAGAAACUUCGAACAAAGAUCCAAGACCACUUUUCCAUCACCGGCAGUGAGGAAUUUGAAGUAGUUCUUGAGGAGGACUGCACGAGGGUUGAAGAUGAGGAGUAUUUUCAGACGUUGCCAGACAACACUGUCCUCAUGGUUGUGUAUCACGGCCAACACUGGACAAAAGCUUCUACCUCACUGGCAGAAGACACCAGAGGGUUAGUGGAGGUGGAUGGGGCUGGACCCUCGGACUCCUCCAACCAUCUAGCAAGGGUCGCUGAAAGAAUCGCCAGAAAUCCAGCGGUGAUGGCUUUUCUCCCCAAGAUGGAUUUAGAGGUUGUAACCGAUUCAGAUAUCAACCAACUUCAAGUCUUGCUGCAUCAGUCCAAGGACGAUGCCCAGUUUAUCCAAGAUGCUUGUGAGAAACGGUUGAACGAACUCAUCAGAUCAGAAGAGGCCACGGCUUUGCUCAAACUGUAUGAUCGCGCGAAGACCGAGACAGGAAAUGGCUCACCCUCUAGCACAGAGAGCCGUCCUGUUCAGAAAUCCAGAAAGUAUAAAUGUCGUUGAAAUUCGUUAUUUUUAGUACAAAAUUAUCUUCAUCGACCAGCAUAGAGCUUUAGAUUAUCAAAUUUGUAGUCGUAUUGUGAAUUUGAAAUCAUUAUUUUCAGUACAAAACUGUUAUCAUUUAUUGACCGUGAUAGUUUUAGACUAUCGUAUGUGAUGCGAUCAAGCUAAAUGAGUCAUUUGUCGGAAACUUUCAUUUGGAGAUACAGGCCAAAAUAGGGCCACUUCAUCGCAUCAUUACAUCACAUCCCUUGGUGUUCCGACUUCCAUUAUUUUUUAACUAAAGAUGGUAUCAGCAUGCGGUUUUUACAUCAGUAGUGCUAAGAUUGUGCUCUUUUUAAAACUUAAAAAAAAAAUUGACCAGGGUCGACAAAUGACUAAUUUAGCUUGAUCUCAUCACAUAUUUGUAUUUGUGAAGUUCAUGCUUGUAUAUUUGAGAAUUGUGUGCACUUUAAUUUUCAUGUUUUGUAUCUGU